UGAACCACUUGAAGCAGCGCGCUCCUCUCUCGCUCUCUCAGAUCGAACGAUCCAAGAUGAGCACUCAGGUCUUCCGAUCGGCUUCGAGGACGGCGAGGGCUUUCCUGUCGGCCUCGCGGACCGCCCCACUCCACUGCCAGUGGCGCACUGCAGCGGCAGCCACGGCAACAGUGUUCAGAGGGUCAGCGCGCUCUCUGUCUUCAUAUUGUGAAAAGGCUGAUUGCAAAAAUACCACAUCAAGAGGAUGGCUGUAUGGUACUCUUGCCUUUCCUGCCGCAGUAUACUUGCUUCAAGAUCACCAAUUACACGCAGCAGAGCUGGAGAGGACAUUCAUUGCAAUAAAGCCUGAUGGAGUGCAAAGAGGGCUGAUUGCAGAGAUUGUAUCCCGUUUUGAGCGAAAAGGUUUUAAGCUUGUGGCGAUUAAGAUUGUGGUUCCUUCCAAGGAAUUUGCUCAGAAACACUAUCAUGAUCUAAAAGAAAGGCCAUUCUUUAAUGGCCUCUGUGACUUUCUUAGCUCAGGCCCUGUGGUUGCCAUGGUUUGGGAAGGGGAGGGAGUCAUAAAAUAUGGUCGAAAAUUGAUUGGUGCUACUGACCCACAAAAAUCUGAGCCUGGCACAAUCAGAGGUGAUCUUGCUGUUGCUGUUGGAAGAAACAUCAUCCAUGGGAGCGACGGGCCCGAAACAGCCAAGGAUGAGAUCGCCCUAUGGUUCAGACCUAUUGAGUUAGUCUCUUAUACGAGCAAUGCCGAGAAGUGGAUCUAUGAAGUAAACUGAUCAGCCCUUCUCAUCUCUAUUUUUCUCACAUUUUGGUGGACUUUUUAGAUGUUGCAGGCAGUUGCAAUUAAAAUUAUCGAAUGUGUCAAAUAAGUAACGUCAUCCUGAGAUGAGUUCCUGAUGCUACUGCUGAAAUCUCGUGUGGUUGUAGAAUGUUAAUCUGGAUAUGAAGAACUGCUUCAUUGUCUUCUA